AUGAAAAGAACUCGAAGUAUUUCAUUAGUUCCAUAUCCUCCUCGUGUACGUCGUGUUAGUCGAUAUGAACUUCAAAAGCUUUUCCCAAAAUAUAGAUCGAGUCGUGUAUCAUCCCAACAAUCUUUCGAUAUUAAUCUACAAAGUAGUCAAGCAAAGAAUUGGUCUUUAUCAUUCAAUGAAAGCAAUUUCAUACACCAAGAACAUCCUCAUUCAAAUGAAAAACGUGAAUCUGUAUCGAAAAAAUUGAAAUUAAGAAGGUACCGAUAA